AUGUCGUAUCCACUGGAUGUCGGUCUGUCGACGUGUUCGGGUCCUCUCAACGAGUUCGACACGCCCUCGCCGCGCCUCUCACCCGCAUCUUUCGCCGAAGAUCGACGUGGACCCGGCUACAAAAGUAAAGGACCCCAGGAACCCCAACUGACUCACAAAUGGCGUCACGACUACUCGGUGGUCUCGCUGGCCGCUAACGACAAGUUCAUCUUUGCCGGCACCCAAAACUCGGACAUCCAGGUCUUUGACGUGGAAACCUUUUCGCUAAAGACGUCUCUACAGGGCCAUGAAGGAUGUGUCUACGCCCUGUCCAUCGCUACAGUGGCCGGAGACAGCUCCAAGCAAUUCCUCGUGUCGGGAGGCUCCGAUUCGCUCAUUAAAAUUUGGGACAUUGUCGAACUGAAAGAGGUGUCGACCGUUUACUCGUCGUUUGAUGUCGGUGACAUCUUUUCUGUCGUGUAUGAUCCGGUCCAUAAUAUGAUAUUCCUAGGAGCUCAGAACGCCUCUAUUCAGUGGAUUGAGCUCGGAAGCGACACGGGCAACAGUCAGACAGUUAAUUCGGAAAUCCUACGGCUUCCCAGCUACAGAUUCGACCGAUUUUUCGACUCAAGAGGACCAGGUGGAAAAACUGCGCCCCAGCAGCUGGAAAGAGACGACUACGUCAGCAUUCACGGUCAGAAGCCCCAUGAACACGCCCUCCUGCAAAUUCCCUCGGAAAAUGCUUACCAAUACGCCCACAAUGGCUAUGUUUACUGCUUGGUUUGCGUUGAGAACUUUGUGUGGAAAGAUAACGUGGUGGAGUGUGUUUUGAUCUCUGGAGGAGGAGAUGCGCAUGUCAACUUUUGGUCGUGGUGCCCUCAAAAGAAGGAUCUCGUCCUGAUAGCAUCUAUCGACUGUGAAACGUCUGUUCAAACACUGUGUGUUUCGGAUAGCAUGUUGUACUGUGGCACUGAUCAUGGCGAUGUCAAGAUCUGGGAUUUGGGCACUCUGCAGCUCAUUCGACAAGACACCAUUGGAACUUCACCUGUUGUGUCUCUAUCCACUUCAGGAGACUGUGUAUUCAAGGGUAGCGAAGGAGGUCUUCAACGGUGGUCUUUAAAGGGGGAGAGAACAGCUACCUGGCUUGCCCAUGAAGGAACCGUACAAACGACUAUUGUUCGAGAGCUCAAGGGUCGCACCUAUCUCAUUUCAGGCGGAAAUGAUGGUGUUGCCAUCUGGGAUAUCACUGUGACUGACUCUGAGCAUUCUCAACAAAUUGCCAAGGCUCGUCAGAACUUUGGCUUCACCAAUGACCGUCUGAUUUCCACUCUGUUCGAGUUUGUGGCUUUCCGAACCGUUUCCAGUCAUGGAAUCGAGUACGGUUCCGAUUCAAGACGUUGUGCUAUCUUUCUGAGAGACCUGUUGCGAGACUUUGGAGCUCAUUCGUCUCUGUUGGCUGUUCCUGAUAAGAAUCCCGUUGUUCUCGGUACUUUCAGCGCCAACAAGAGUGAUCUCAAAGGAGCCAAGCCGAAGAGAUUGCUGUUCUACGGUCAUUACGAUGUCAUUCCUGCCCAUGAAACUGACGGAUGGGACACGUAUCCCUACACAAUUACACCUCUGGAUGGAUACCUAUAUGGACGAGGAGUCUCAGACAACAAGGGCCCUGUUCUGGCUACUAUCUUUGCAGUGGCGGAGGCGUUUGCCAAGGGCGAACUGGGAGUCGAUGUGGUGUUCCUGGUAGAAGGAGAGGAGGAGUGUGGAUCCCCCGGGUUCGAAGACGUGAUUGACAAGAACGACUCCAUGAUCGGAGACAUUGAUUACAUUCUUCUGUGCAAUUCGUAUUGGCUCGACGAUACCACACCUUGCAUCAACUACGGUCUUCGAGGAGUUCUUCAUGCCACCGUCGAAGUGUACUCUGACAAUCCCGAUUUGCAUUCUGGUGUCGAAGGAGGAGCCACUCGAGAGCCCACUAUUGAUCUGAUUCGUCUCCUGGCUCUUCUGACAACUCCCGAGGGUGAUAUCUGUCUCCCAGACUUUUACAAAAAGGUCAAGCCGCCCACCGAGUCUGAAGAGAAGCGGUUUGAGCAUAUCAUCAAGACAUCUCAUAAGCCACUUACCAAGGCUUCUAUCAGAGCUAAAUGGGCUCUUCCGUCGCUUACAGUGCAUCGUUUCAACGUCUCUGGACCCGGUAACUUGACCGUCAUUCCCAAAUCUGCCCAGGCUUCUGUUUCUCUGCGGAUUGUGCCUGACCAGGACGCCGACGAAAUCAAACAGAUAUUCACAGAGUACAUGCAGGACAAGUUUGCUGAACACAAGUCGCCCAACCAUCUCAAAAUCUCUGUAUUCCAUCAGGCUGAUCCCUGGAUCGGAGACAUCGAUACUCCCGUUUGUCAGGUAUUGAGAUCAAUUGUGACCGAGGUCUGGGGAGUAGAGCCCUUGCUGAUCCGAGAAGGAGGCUCGAUUCCCGUCAUGCGGUUCCUAGAGAAGCGAUUCAACGCAUCUGCCAUCCAGUUCCCCUGUGGCCAAUCUUCAGACCAUGCCCAUCUUAACAACGAGAGACUGAGAAUCAUCAACCUGAUUAAUUUUAGACGCAUUCUGAUGGAGUUCUUCACCAAGAUUCAGUAG